CCCACUAAUCAGUUUUUAUUUCUUGGCCGCCCCAUCUUGUCGUUUCUCUCAACUCUCUCCCAAUCUCUCUCUCUCUCUCACAUCUCUCUCCCUCUCUCCCUCUCUCCUUACACUCAUACAUCUCUCUCAUAUACAUAUAUAUACAACUGCUACUAUUUCAUUCUCUCACUUACAUGUUUUGAUCCCUGCCUUUUCUGUUUCUUCUCGUUUGGGUCCUCUCUGUUCUUUCAGAAAUGUCUCUUCUUCAGCUCAGCUAGUCUAAUCAGUGAUCAAGAAAAAUACCCACAAGCUCAAACUUGCUAAAGUUUCGAUCUUGCAUAGGUUGGGAGGAUUUUCAAGCUUUUCUGCUUUGGAUUUUGGUGGGGUUGGGCUUUGUGGGUUGUAAAGAUUGAAUCUUUAACAAGAAUGGCCGGGAGUAAUGAAGUGAAUGUUAAUGAAUCUCAGAGGGUGGUUCCUUUGAAUACAUGGAUUUUAAUUUCCAACUUCAAGCUAGCAUACAACAUGCUUCGUCGUCCUGAUGGCACAUUUAAUCGUGAUUUGGCUGAGUUUCUUGACCGGAAGGUUCCUGUCAACACAAAUCCUGUUAAUGGUGUCUACUCGUUUGAUGUUGUUGACCGAGUCACCAACCUUCUCAAUCGUGUUUAUAGGUCAGCUCCAAACAAUGAAACUCAACGGGGCAUUAUUGAUCUUCAGACUCCUUUGAGCACCACGGAAAUUGUGCCUGUCAUUAUCUUCUUCCAUGGAGGAAGCUUUGCACAUUCUUCUGCCAACAGUGCUAUAUAUGAUACCUUCUGUCGCCGCCUUGUUGGCAUUUGCAAAGCAGUUGUUGUUUCAGUAAACUACAGGCGGUCACCUGAACAUCGAUAUCCAUGUGCCUAUGAUGAUGGAUGGACAGCUCUUAAGUGGGUUCACUCGAGACCAUGGCUUAGAAGUGGAAUGGACUCCAAAGUUCAUGUCUAUUUAGCUGGUGAUAGUUCUGGUGGAAAUAUUGCUCACCAUGUCGCCGUGAUGGCGGCUGAGUCGGGCGUUGAAGUACUGGGAAAUAUACUUCUUCAUCCAUUCUUUGGUGGCGAAGAGCGAAAGGACUCGGAGACAAGAUUGGAUGGUAGGUAUUUCAUGACACUUCGAGAUAGAGAUUGGUAUUGGAGAGCAUAUCUACCUGAAGGGGAAGAUAGAGAUCAUCCGGCAUGUAAUAUAUUUGGGCCUAGGUCCAGGAGCUUGAAUGCAAUUCAAAACUUUCCAAAAAGUCUAGUUUGUGUGGCUGGUCUGGAUCUUGUUCAAGAUUGGCAAUUGGCUUAUGUAGAAGGCCUGAGGGAAGCUGGGAAAGAAGUUGAACUCCUUUAUCUAGAUGAGGCUACAAUCGGUUUCUACUUCUUGCCGAACAAUGACCAUUUCUUCACUCUAAUGGACAAGAUAAGGGACUUUGUGAAUCCCAGUGGUCAAUAGUUAUUACUCAACUACAUAUACAGGCAGCUAUACAUAACAGAAUGUUGACUUUUCACUUGGGAUUUUCUCCCAUCCCACUAUCGCUAAUUGUGUGUAACUAUAUGAUCGUGUGGUAUUUACUUGUUACUGAUUUUGUCAUUUGUGGAGCUGAAUCGGGUUCAACACCUCUUCAACUUCAGCACUUUGGAAAACCAGUUGUCCCCUAUGUUGCCACUUCUCAACUUCUCUGUUGCAAGACAAGGAUGAGCGGUAUUCUACGUUAAGUGGAUAUGUAACCGUCUAGUAUUUGACAUAUACUCUUGACUUCAAGUUUACACAGUCUAGCCUUCAGCCGUAAGGAGGUUUACUACCAGUCUACCACAAUGUCUAUGAUUAAAGCUGGUCGAUUAAUUUGAAAAGUACAUGGAAUUUCUUACUAGAAGCUAAUUUUAGAAUAUGUAUCCUAAGUGUUCAUGCCAUUGUGAACUAAUUGUACGUUAUACUUGUGUUUUGGAUAUAUAUGAAGAUUUUUGUUGGGUA